AUGAUGGAGGAAUCAUUCAGCAGUACUAGUGUAGCAAAUUCCACUUCAGCGUCCAUAUCAACACCAGUGAAAUACAGCACUUAUAAUCGACAUUUCGACAGUAGUGGUGGUGCAGGGUCAGGGCAACAACAAUUAGUAUGGUAUGCAAAUAUACGCAAACCUUUCCUGUUGAACGACUAUCCACAAGUGACAUUGAUUGAGAAAAUGAAAUCUCGAAAAUGUCUGAACCCAUUGGCAGCGGCAUCGACAAGUGGUGGUGCCGGUGCCGGUGGUACAACAAUUCAUGAGAAAAUUAAAGAAUACGAACAAAUUCUACCGAAUCCAACAAACGAUAUGCUUGAAACAGCUUCAACGCUGAUGACUAAUAAACCGACGGCUGGUUUGUUUACAAGCUAUCAUCAUCACUAUCAUCAUCAUGGAAGAAUUAAUCAGGCGGCGAAUAGUAAGGGAUUUUUGAAAACUAUUCCAAAGGUUAAAAAGUCAAAACAAGAAUUAACGCAUAGUGUAAAUUUUGAAAAGUGUAUUAAAUCACUGUUAACCGGGCAUAUAUCAUCAUCGUCGUCAACCUCAGGAGCAGCAGCAGCAGGAUUCCAUUUCGAUGGUAAAUUACAUCAAACUCAAAAAUUCUCAAUUCAUCAUUCCGGGUCAUCAAGAAAAGACACAGAAGCUGAUCAUAUCGGCCUGUCUUAUUCGUCAUUGAGUAUACCGUCGAGUUUUUGGUUAACAACAACAACAGACAGUGACCGGACGGAGACUUUUGGAUCGACUGCUGAAGCGUCUAGUCAUCAUCAUUAUCAUGAGAAAAAGCCAACUGGUGGAGUAUCAUCCGACGGUGGUGGUAGAAUCCAGGGUAGAAAUAUUCUUCUGACGAAUAGAAUUAUCCCACCGCCAUUACCUCCGGGUUUCAGUAGUCGUCGUAGUACAAGCGGUUCAUUGCGUGUUACAUAUCCUAAAGAAUUGGCGGCGAAUCAAUUCCCACAAAUUGAUGAAACUGAAGAGAAAGUGAAAGUCUACAGAUUGAGAGGUUAUUCACAACCUUACGUACCUGAUAUACGCUGCUGUCUACCAGGGAUUGAUGUAUUAAAAGUGAAAAUAAGAGAUUAUGAUUUAAAGUUGGAUGCAAAAGUGGACAAUUUAGCCAGAUAUCGUCAUGCCUAUAAAAUUGGUAUAUUAAAUGAUAAAAAGUUGAAGAACUUUUUUACAAUUAAACGACCUGAUACCCUGCCUGACUCCCUCCAGCGUCUUGUUCGAUUAGGCUCAUUAAGUCAGCUAGGCGCACCACGAGAAAAAGAGAAAAAUGAACUGGAAGCAAUGGAAAGAGAACGAAAGUAUUGUCAAAUUGUCGUGAAGAGAAUUGACACUGCUCUAGAUGAUGUUAAAGAGUUAUGGUUAGAGUCGAGGUAUAUUAUCCACGAUCUGUUUUAUUAUUGGUUAAGUGAAGGCAAACCGAAUGAGGCGUAUUCACAUCUGUCGGUGACAGAAGCUGAAGAUCAGAUUAGACAUUAUACAAAAUUGUUAAAAUCCUCAGGUUUAUAUCCAACUUCGAGUAUUCGACAUCAGUGGUUAUGUUUACUGUCAACAUUUAUACAUCAUGACCAUUUGUUAAACACACUGAUGACAACAAUUGAUAUCUGGUUGAAUGGUCUCCUCGAAGGCCUGUUCAAUCCAGAGAGAACUGUACGCGAAGAGACAUGUUAUCUAUUGGCUUACUUAUUCAUUGAAAGUAGACUGACACAUUUAUUGGUCAAUUAUACCUCGAUCGAUAUCUGCUAUGAUGUUACCCUGACAGUAUUACGCGCCAUUGAAGUCUAUCCAGUGACAUUUAUACACUAUUACAUUCUGUUAACCUUAAUGAUUGAAGGUUGUCCAGUGUUAAGCAUACUACAGGCUAUUCUUGACAAAUGUCCAUAUACAAAGUGUAUCUUGUUACAACAUUAUUGGCCAAGGCUAAUUUAUUAUAUCUUGAAAUUUUGGCCAUUGAAACAAUUCUCAAAUGAUCGGUUGGAAUUAUUUGAAAUCAAUGAAUCAUUGGACAAAGGUUAUCUGAAUCCAAUAUCGAAAAUCAAUUCGAAGUUGGCGCAAAGUGAAUUAGGCAAGCGAUUUCUGUUUAUCACAAAACCAAUGACUGUCUGGUUGCCACAAUGGUUAAGACCAGAUGGUUGA